CAACUAUUUUGCGGUCCGGCGCUUUAAACUAUCUUGUCCCUGUGUGAGUAAAAUCAUUGGUUAGUUAGAUUCCGGCCCAGCCCGUUCACCUUUCAAAGGAAAUAUAAGUGGGCUGGAGGGUGGAGGCCCAAAUUUGAUCUCACUUCCCGACGGGCCAGCGUAUCGGCCUCUUUUCCCUAUCUUGACGGUUUCCCUUGCCGUCACCACCCGCCGGCUACCUGUAAAACAGCUCCACCACUUUUUCCCGCCAAUUUCUCUAGUACAGGCUAAUCCUUUCAAUCGACGCCGUACCUCGGCAAUGCCUGGUUCAGUCGAUCUCGCUGCUCUGCUCUCAAGAAUCUUCGUCCUUCUCCAGCUCCUCCUCCUGAUGGCGAAUUGGAUGAGUAACUGCCCGGUAGAUGCAGAAGUGACCGGCGGUUUAGUUAGGUUUCUUCCCGGCGGGGCUGUUGUGGCUCGUCAGAUCGAGGCAGAAAAUGACAGCGGUUUCGGAGUGCUUGGAGGAUUAUUUUUUAAGCCGAUUUGGUCCAGAAGACGAUGUAGUUGGAUGCCUGGACAUCUCAUGGCUGCGUUCCGUUUAUCGGCCGGGGAACGAGAAUGGUGGUUAGGGUUUCUUUUCCUUUCUCGCCUGCGUUCUCGGUUUCUCCUUGAUUCAUCGAGUAUCGAAGUAGAGGUGCCUCUAGGUCUAGGGCGAACUUUCUCGUUUGAUUUCGUUCGUAUCAGGACCCCACAGUUAAUUUGUUAUGCAGAAGUCAACUGUUUAGGAUCGUCCAUUUCUCAUCCAAACAGCCGGCAAGAGAUAGGGGGCUUUUGAUAUCUUCAACAUAAUUUUGGAGUGGAGUUUCCCAUUGUCUUGAGAUUUAUUCGCUCUCAGCUACUUGUUUCAGAAGAGAUAUGGAUCGGAAGAGCUGGAUCAUGUGGUUAAUCGUCUCGGCGGUGGUCGGACUACUCUUCGCGGUGGCUAUACCCUUCUUUACCAAGAGCAGCUCUAAACCAUUGGACGAUUCUUCUUCUUCUUCGAAGUCAGAAUCAUCAAUGGAGCAGCAACAAACAUCCGCGGCUCCUUCCUCGUCGCCGAUGGAGUAUGAGGUCUUCUUGAGCUUUAGAGGCCCUGAUGUCCGUAACAACUUUGGGGAUUUUCUCUAUACAUUCCUAGUUCGUGAGAACAUUCGGACCUUUCGCGAUGACGAAGAGCUUCCUAAGGGGGAGAAGAUUGAUCCUUCACUCAUCAAGGCUAUUGAAGAAUCGAAGGUGUACAUUCCGAUCUUUUCUCCCGACUAUGCUGGGAGUAAAUCGUGCCUUCAGGAGCUAGCUCAGAUGUUGAAGUGCUGCAAGCAAGAGAAGGACCACAUCAUUUUGCCCAUUUUCUUUAUGACGGAGCCCGGUGAUGUGCGGCGUCAAGAGGGUGCUUACAAGGAGCCAUUUAAACAGCUCAUCAAGAAGAAGAAGCUUGAUGCAGGCACGAUUAAGGAAUUUGAAGAAGCUCUCUGGGAAGUCGGGAAACUAAAGGGAUGGCACGUUACUAAAUCAGAUGGGCAAGGAGCUAUUGCAAAAGACGUUGUGGAAAAGGUGAGGAAGCACCUGGAUAUGAGUUACACUUUAGUGACAGAUGAGUUGGUUGGAAUCGACUCACAUGUAGAAGAAGUGACAAACCUGCUAAAUUUAGGAUAUGAAGGUGUGAAGAUUGUUGGUAUUUAUGGUAUGGCCGGUAUUGGUAAGACCACUAUAGCCAAGGCUGUGUAUAAUAAGGUUCGUGGACAGUUAGAUUAUUAUUGUUUUGUGGAAGAUGUGCGAGAGAUACUUUUGGGGCACGACGCUGUCAUAAAUUUGCAGAGUAAGAUCAUCUCUGGCAUCCUGAGGACUGAUCACAAGGUUAAAGAUGCUAAUGAAGGAAUCCGUGUGAUAAAAGAGAGAGUUUUCAAGCGCAAGGUUCUCAUUGUUCUUGAUGAUGUGGAUGAUCGGUUUAGAUUUAACCAAACCUUGGGAAAUUUGGAUGAUUUCUUUCCGAAGAGUAGAUUUAUUAUUACGACAAGGAACAAAAGGGUUUUGGAAUUUCUUGGAGAAUCUAAGUUGUAUGAACCCAGAGAAAUGAGUCAUGAUCAUGCUCUUCAACUUUUUAGCAAGCAUGCAUUCAGAACAGAUAAUCCUCCAAAGGAAGAAGCAGUUCUAAGCAAGAAGUUUGUAACAGUUGCAACGGGGCAUCCUUUGACUCUAAAGGUCAUUGGUUCACUUCUGUUUCACAGAGAUAGGAUAUUUUGGGAAGCAAAAUUGAUAGAGUUGAAAGAUAUACCUCCUACUGAGGUGCUCGAGAGACUAAAAAUAAGUUAUAAUGAUUUGGAGUACAAUGUUCGACAAAUCUUCCUUGAUAUUUCUUGCUCCUUUAUUGGAGAAAAGAAAGACUUUCCUGUCUACAUGUGGAGUGAUUGUAACUUUCAUCCUGUCACUGGAAUCAGGACUCUUGUGGACAGGUCCUUGCUAAAAUUGAAUGAGAGAAAUGAGUUCUGGAUGCAUGACCUAAUCAGAGAUCUUGGUAGAACAAUUAUUCGUGAGGAAGACAAUCUACAUCCUUGGAAGCGCAGCAGGAUAUGGUCAAAUGUAGAUGCCUUGGACUUGUUAGAAAGUGAAGAGGGAAGUGACCUGGUGGAAGUUCUUAGAGUUAACAUGGCAGAAACAGAUCUUGAGCUGACAGAUAAAAACUUUAAGAAGUUGUCAGGAUUAAGGUAUCUUGAAGUGCAUAAUGGAAGACUGACUGGAGAUUUUAGAGGAAUUCUACCACAUGUGCGUUGGCUUCGACUGCAUGAGUGUAACUCAGUUCCCAGUGAUCUUAAUCUGAAGAAAUUGGUAAUUCUUGAUAUGCAUGGUUGCCCAGUGGAAGAUGGUUGGGGAGGCUGGAGCGGAAUUAAGGCUGCACGUAAGCUGAAAGCUAUAAAUCUAUCGUUUUGCGGCAAGUUAAGAACAGCUCCCGACUUGUCCCAGUGCAGAAGUCUUGAGUUCAUACAUUUCUGGAACUGUUGGGAAAUGAGUGGGGAACUGCACAUUGGCAAUUUCAAGAAUCUAACAGUGCUUAGCCUCACCAUGACUGAAAUAACAAAGUUAACCGGCAACGUUGGAAGGCUUAAAAAUCUCCAAGAAAUCGUCUCGGGGCAUUUGAUAGAAUUGCCUUCUGGCAUCAGCAGGUUAUCCUCUCUGAAAAUCUUGAAGCUGACAUCACUUAAGCCACAGUCACAGGAAGUAGUAGUAGUAGUACUCCCCACAAGUUUAAAGCACUUGUCCCUCUCGUCCUCCCAGGUUCCCAACCUUUCAGAGCUCCAGGACUUGGAAGAGCUUUCCUUUGAGCGAUGUGAUCAGCUUGAAAUUCCGGGAGAUAUAUGGAAGAUGUCCAAGCUGAAAACACUUGAGCUUCGGGACUCAUCUUUUUCUAACGGUGGUAUGAUUUCUUCUACCCUUCCAUCCUCGCUAAACAGCCUUUUGAUUCAUGGAUGUGAGCCUUUGGUGAGACUGCCAAGCCUUGCUAAUCUGAACAAUCUGAAGGAGCUAAAAUUGAUGAGGAUUCAGGUACGAGAGAUUCAGGGUUUGGGAGAUAUGGAAAUGCUGGAAACUUUGGUGAUAUCCAAUGCUCCAAAUCUAAUUCAUCUCAAUGGCCUUGAAAAUCUAUUGCUUCUGAAGACACUCAAGGUGGAAGGCUGUGAUGUACUGGAGAAACUGCCUAGUAUAUCAAAUUUGACCAAUUUAGAGGUGCUAGAGAUAAUUUCCUGUAGGAGCCUCUCUGAAAUUCAAGGCCUAGGAGAGCUAGGGGAGCUGUCUUUGUCGACUCUAUACAUUGUUGAUUGUCCAGCGGAAUCACUGCUGCGUUCUGUCUGGAAGUUAGGUAGACUGAGAGAGCUACACUUGUAUCCUUUCGAGACCGAUGGUCACCAUCUCUCGUCUCGAGAACAGUUUCUUGAUCUGUCUGGUCUUCGGGAUAUCAAGAAGUUAUUUAUUUUUGGGUUCAAAGGGUUGGCCAAUGUAUAUGGGCUUGAGAGAUUGGAGUUCUUGACAUUGCUAUGUAUGUCAGACUGCACGUCAAUGAGGGAAUUGCCUGAUCUAUCUGGUCUCAAGAAUCUGAAGGUUUUAAAUAUUGCUGGAUGCACACAGUUGAUGGAGAUUAGAGGACUUGAGCAAUUGGAGUCAUUAGAAUCGAUAGAUAUGUCAGGCUGCAAGUCAAUUAAGAAGUUGCCGGAUCUAUCUGGUCUUAAAUAUCUGGAGAAAUUGAUUAUUGAUGAGUGCACACAGUUGACUGAGGUUGCUAUACUUGAGAGUUCAGAGUCGUUGACAUCACUCAGCAUGGCGGAUUGCUCAUCCAUUGCCCAGUUGCCAGAUUUAUCUCGCCUCAAGAAUCUGAAUUCACUGGAGAUUAGUAGGUGCACAGGUUUGACUGAGGUUGUGGGGCUUGAGAUGUUGGAUUUGCUAGAAUAUCUAUUUAUGUCGGGAUGCAGUUCAAUUAAGGAGCUGCCAGAUUUAUCCGGUUUGGACAGUAUCGUUACUUUAGAUAUUAGUGAGUGCACAGGGUUGACCGAGGUUGUGGGGCUUGAAUACUUGGAGUCAUUGCAACAGCUGAAGAUGGCGAAUUGCAAGAUAAAGAAGUUGCCUGAUCUAUCUGGAUUGAAACAUUUGCAUGAGUUGGAUAUUACGGGAUGCGUACAAUUGGCCGAAGUUACUGGAAUUGAGAACUUGGAGGGGUUGACGAUCAAGCGUUGAAAUGGCUCCAUGUCUACGGCAGAUUGAGAAGAUUAUAUUGGGUUGUCUUCUGUCUCCCUGCCAACCUUCAGGCAGAAGUCUCUGAAAGAUUGCCAAAUUCUAAAAUAGCCGUCCAAAACUCCGCGUUUCAUUUUAUCAUCAGCAGCUUCUUCUGUUUGGUGUAAUGGUAAAAAUGCUCCAUCGUUGCCGAACUUCUUCUGAUGAACAUUUCAGUCCCUCGGCACUCUUUACCUCAGUCGAUGAGCUGCUGGCUGCUGCUGCAGUGAGUGACGGAGACGCUCGGGGUGGAGUUUGGAAAGAAUCUUUCUUGCUGCAGUUCCGCUUGAAGUGAAUUUUGUCUGUUUGUGUGUUGUUGUUGUGGCCGCCGGCCCCAAUUGCUGGAGCCCGGGAGAGAUGGGUGGCGGGUGGGUAUAGUGCGGUGCCAGUGAGGGGACGCCGGCGGCUAGGGGGAGAUGAAUGUAAGAGGAACUGUGAUGCUGCUCCGGCAAUCGGUGGCCGAUUGACGAGUGAGUAGAAGAUUAGUGAAGCGGAAGAGUGAAAGGGAAUUUUACUCUGAUGACUAACGACUUUAUCCGAUGACUAACGACUUCUUAAGGGUUGACUGCAAACUGGUAAACAUAAAGCAAUCCUUACACC